AGCUGUGUUGGUUUAAACAUGUCGAGUGGCUGGUCGGGAAACUAUCAUAUGAACUACACGAGCACCCCCAUUGCAGGGGUAAAGCGACCGCGGAACGACUCUGGGAACAAGGUGACAGUUGUACUCGGUGCGCAAUGGGGAGAUGAAGGCAAAGGAAAAGUGGUCGAUUUGUUGGCGACAGAAUCUGACAUCGUUUGCAGAUGCCAGGGAGGUAACAAUGCAGGCCACACGGUGGUGGUGGAUGGAAAGGAAUAUGACUUUCACCUCCUCCCCAGCGGGAUCAUCAAUCCCAAAACCAUCUCCUUCAUUGGAAAUGGGGUGGUCAUACACCUUCCAGGCCUGUUCCAGGAAGGAGAUAAGAAUGAGAAGAAAGGUAAGGGGUGCCUCAAAGGCUGGGACAAGCGAUUGGUCAUAUCUGAUCGAGCUCACAUUGUGUUUGACUUCCACCAGGCUGUGGAUGGACUGCUGGAGGCCCAGAGACAAGAACAGGAAGGAACAAACAUUGGAACCACCAAAAAAGGCAUAGGACCCACCUACUCCAGCAAGGUGUCUCGCACUGGCCUACGUAUCUGUGACCUGCUGGCUGACUUCAAAGAUUUUUCUGUCAGAUUUAAAAACCUUGCUCAUCAGUACCAGUCGAUGUUCCCCACACUGGAGAUAGAUAUGGAAACUGAGCUGAGAAGACUAAAGGAGUAUGCUGAAAGGAUAAGGCCCAUGGUGCAAGAUGGUGUCUAUUUCAUGUAUGAGGCUAUUCAUGGACCACCAAAGAAAAUUCUGGUAGAAGGAGCUAAUGCCGCCCUGCUUGACAUUGACUUUGGUACAUAUCCCUUUGUGACAUCAUCAAACUGCACUGUUGGGGGAGUGUGCACUGGACUGGGUGUCCCUCCUGUGAAUGUGGGUGAUGUGUAUGGAGUAGUGAAGGCUUACACCACCAGGGUGGGCAUUGGUGCCUUCCCCACAGAACAGCUCAAUGCAGUGGGGGAGCUUCUGCAGACCAGGGGGCAUGAGGUGGGUGUCACCACGGGCAGGAAAAGGCGCUGUGGCUGGCUAGACCUGGUCAUCCUGCGAUACGCCCACAUGCUCAACGGCUUCACCGCCCUGGCAUUAACAAAACUGGACAUUCUGGAUGUGCUGGAUGAAAUCAAAGUGGGAGUUGCUUACAAACUCAAUGGCAAAAGAAUUCCCUAUUUCCCAGCUAACAUGGAGGUCCUGCAGAAGGUGGUGGUGGAGUACGAGACACUUCCAGGCUGGAAGAGUGACACCACAGCUGCCAGGAAGUGGGAAGAUCUCCCUCCCAAAGCCCAGAACUACAUUCGUUUUGUGGAGAACCACGUCGGCGUGCCCAUUAAAUGGGUUGGGGUUGGAAAGUCCAGAGAAUCCAUGAUCCAGAUGUUCUAG